AUGGCGAAUGACAAUAGCGGUUUUUUAACCGAAUUAUAUAUUAUGCUUCUUAUUAUCGCGUCUGGAGCUUUACUGAUCGCGUUAUACCACUGUGUCUCGAUGCUUUCGUGGGAUUUCCGUAAUCGUAGGCGACAUCGAGGCCCCAUUGAGAUAGAAUUGCGAGAAAAUGACGUGAGCACUGAGCAUUCGGUGGCCGGGCUCAUCCCAUCGCAUAAGCACAAAAAGGUCACGGGUUUAGAAGAUGAUGAACCCAUGUGCGCCGUGUGUCUAUGUGAGUUUGAGGAAGGAGACGAGUUGCGCACUUUGCCCGAGUGUAUGCAUUCUUUUCAUGUCCCUUGUAUCGACAUGUGGUUGUACUCACAUCGUAGUUGUCCCAUUUGUCGACUAGAUGCAGCCCGGCCUUCGGUUGAGGUUAUAUGUGUAGUUGAUCCACAACCACAACAAGAAGAAGAAGAGGUAACAAGACCACAACAUUCCGAUGUACCACAAGAUUUAGUCAAUCAAAGUAGGGUUGUUUAAUGGUAAGAAAAUGCUUUAGGAUGUUAAAUGCGAUUAGUUAGUUACUCUUUUGGGGAUUGUUGAGUUUUGUGCAAAAUGGAUCUUUUACAUAAAUUUUUAAAUUACACAUUUG